AUGAGUGAGCGACCACAGCCUCUGAAGGCCGUCAACAAGCUCUUUGAGGGCAAAGAGCCAUGGCAGAUAGUCACAAUGACUGCAUCCUCAGUGCUCGCCAUUGUGUGGGCACAUAGCUUGUACAAUGCCAAAGAAAGUGUCACAGUGCGUCUUCGCAAGGAAUUCUUCAGAUGGCUUCGUCAGGUGCCGAUAGUCAGGAGGAAAAUUGAGGAGAAGAUGGCAGAAAUCAACAGUGACUUCCGAAAGGAUGUGGCCAAGAGGUUAGCUGGUGUGACAGUCAGGAGAGAACUGCCAGAGCAUGGACUGGACUCCGAACAGGUGAUGGAGGAAGUCAGGGACCAUGUGGCGCUAGGUGCCUACGACUGGCAAGGGGGUAGCGUAUCAGGCGCAGUGUACCACGUAAGCAAAGAGAUCAGUAAAGUGGCGUGUGAUGCCUACAGCCUCACUGCAUAUACGAACCCCCUACACGCUGACGUGUUCCCCGGCAUCAACAAGAUGGAAGCUGAAAUAGUCAGGAUGGCCAUCAACCUGUUCCACGGAGACGAAGACUGCUGUGGUACGGUAACAACAGGCGGUACAGAAUCAAUAAUAAUGGCCUGUAAAGCAUUCAGGGACCUUGCUUACAGUAAGGGUAUCAGCAACCCACAAAUCGUAGUACCAUCCACCGUACAUACAGCUUUCGAUAAGGCGGCUCAGUACUUAGGACUAUCUGUGAAGACGGUACCAGUGAACCCAGAAACCAUGACUGUUGACAUUGAGAAGGUUAAGAAGGCUAUUAGUAGACGGACUUGUUUGAUCGUAGGCUCGGCUCCGAACUACCCCUACGGCACAAUGGAUGACAUCAUUGCCCUGUCAAAUAUCGCAAUCGAGAACGACGUUCCACUCCACGUGGACGCCUGCCUCGGAGGCUUUGUGGCCGCCUUCAUGCCCGACGCCGGGCAUAAUAUACCCGUCUUCGAUUUCCGACUGCCCGGAGUCUCUAGUAUAUCUGCUGAUACGCAUAAAUACGGGUUUGCACCAAAAGGCACAUCAGUGGUCCUGUAUCGCAAGGCGGAGUACAGACACCACCAGUACACUGUCACCACAGAGUGGCCCGGCGGAGUCUAUGGAUCGCCCACUGUCAAUGGCAGUCGCGCGGGUGGUCUGAUAGCGGCGUGCUGGGCGACUAUGAUGUAUGUUGGCAAGGCGCGGUAUGUCACCAUGACUGACGAGAUUAUCAAGACAGCCAGACAUAUCGAGGAAGAGGUGCGCAAGAUCCCAGGUCUCUUCGUGUUUGGCAAACCGGCAACGUCAGUAAUAGCGUUCGGAUCAAACCAGUUUGACAUAUUCAAGAUGGCUGAAUUACUACACAAAAAGGGGUGGAGCUUAAACGCUUUGCAGUUCCCGUCUGGUAUCCACAUCUGCGUGACGCACGCGCACACCCAGGCGGGCGUGGCGGCGCGGUUCCUGCAGGACAUGCGGGCCGCCGCCGCCGACUGUACUGCCAACUCUAACGCACCCGUCGAGGGGAAGAUGGCGAUUUACGGCGUAGCUCAAGAGAUAUCGGACAGGAGUUUGGUAUCAGACAUCACGAAGUACUUCAUAGACUCAAUGUACUACCUACCUAAGGCAGACGACUAG